GGGGCGGCGUCUGUCGCCGCUGCGCGCUGCGGUGCGGGCGGCGGGACGAUGGAGCCGGGAUCGCGGCACGUUCUGAUCCCGCUCGCCGUCCCUGCUGACACCUGAGCCACAGCGGUGAUGCUGCCGAGACCUCUGCAGCCCACAAGUCAACCUGCAUGAUUGUCAGCCAUGCCUUUAGUGAAGAGGAACAUCGAACCCCGGCACCUGUGCCGCGGUGCUCUGCCGGAAGGAAUCACCAGUGAGCUUGAAUGUGUAACUAAUAGCACUCUCGCCGCAAUCAUCCGCCAGCUAAGCAGUCUGAGCAAACAUGCAGAGGACAUAUUUGGUGAGUUGUUUAAUGAGGCUAACAACUUCUACAUCAGAGCAAAUUCUCUUCAAGACAGAAUUGAUCGCCUUGCUGUCAAAGUCACCCAGCUGGACUCCACAGUGGAGGAGGUCUCACUACAGGAUAUCAACAUGAAGAAAGCAUUCAAAAGCUCUACCAUCCAGGACCAGCAGGUGGUUUCCAAAAACAGCAUUCCCAACCCUGUGGCUGACAUUUACAACCAGAGUGACAAGCCUCCACCUCUGAACAUUCUCACACCGUACAGAGAUGAUAAGAAGGACGGGCUGAAGUUCUACACGGAUCCCUCUUACUUCUUUGACCUCUGGAAAGAAAAGAUGCUGCAGGACACAGAAGACAAGAGGAAGGAGAAACGACGCCAGAAGGAGCAAAAACGUGUAGAUGGCACCACCCGUGAGGUGAAAAAGGUUAGAAAAGCCAGGAACAGGCGCCAGGAGUGGAGUAUGAUGGCGUAUGACAAGGAGCUUAGGCCCGACAACAGGUUGUCUCAGAGUGUGCACCACGGAGCAUCCUCCGAGGGAUCUCUGUCCCCAGAUACUAGGUCUCACACAUCCGACAUCACCGAUUACUCUUACCCUGCUACUCCCAGCCACUCUCUGCAGCCACAGCCCGUGACACCGUCCUGCACAGCGGGUGACGCGCCACUGCAUGGCACCGCAAACCAAGGCGCUGAGCAUGAGUUCCGACCCUCAUCUGCCUCGGCAAGGCACAUGGCCCUGAACAGACCUCAGCAGCCACCGCCGCCACCUCCUCCCCAGGCCCCAGAGGGGUCCCAGACUUCUACAUCCGUGGCUCCAGCCGACUAUGGGAUGCUUCCAGCACAGAUAAUUGAAUACUACAACCCCUCAGGACCACCACCCCCUCCCCCUCCCCCCAUGAUUCCUUCAGCACAAACUGCCUUCGUCAGCCCUCUCCAGAUCCCCGCGCACCCCCCAUUCCCUGCCUCUGCUGGUUCCACGUACCCUGCCCCUUCUCACCAGCCCUCCACUGGGCUCCUGGCCACAGCACCUCCGCCUCCAGGCCCCCCACCUCCUCCACCUGGCCCUCCUGGUCCCUCUUCUCUUUCAUCCUCUCCACUGCAUGGUCCACCCGUGGCUGAGGGAAAGCGCCCGGAACCUGCACAGCCACCCAUAAGUGAUGCAAGAAGUGACCUCCUGGCUGCCAUCCGGAUGGGAAUCCAGUUGAAAAAGGUGCAGGAGCAGCGUGAGCAGGAAGCCAAGCGGGAGCCCGUCGGGAAUGACGUGGCCACAAUCUUGUCCAGACGCAUCGCUGUGGAGUACAGCGACUCAGACGAUGACUCUGAGUUUGACGAGAAUGACUGGUCGGACUGAAUCGCACAGGGCCGGGCGGCAGGUGGACAGCCAGGGCACCGUAUGGAAGUGUGUUAGGAGCGCGUGUGAUCUCUGCACCCACAUAGUGGUAUUACCCUGUAGCUUUAGUAACUUUUGUAUUAACAGUGUGCUAUUGCUUCUGCACAUCCUUCUGGAUCUGUUGAGUAUUUACUGUGUAAUACUUAAGUGCCACUAAACACAGCACUCCGUGCUGCACACCAGGAGACACGCUGUAACUAGUGCAUAGUCCUGAAAUAGCAUCUCACUUCCCUCUCGGCCAUGAGAGUCUCACUCUUGUCCAUCCUGAUUCGGCAGACUUGCCGUGUGUCCGUGGCGCUGCCCAGUGUCAGGUCUUUGCAGGAUGAAUGGCUGUGUGUCACAGUGAUGUCUUCCAACCAGUAGGCGAUACUGCUUUACCGUUUCUUUCCUUCGCAGGGUGGUUUCCAGAUGGACUUGGUUCUGGAGGGAGAGGUUUAACAAGUCAGAAUGAGACGUUUCUCCAUUUGGACUCUUGGCCUGGUGGCCUUCGAGGGAGUGGGCUGCUCUGCUUUCCUUGUCUGCUCUGUUGCUUUUUGCUACCUUUGCACCACAGCAGAGGGCUCCCUUUGUAAGCAGGGGCCCCUCUGGGUACUCACGUGGAAAGGGCCCACUAGUGACUUUUGUACAGUGUUGCAAAUGGAGCUCACUGUAGUGGCCAGCCCUGAUAGUGUGGACACCAGUUAGCCAGGCCAGGCGCAAGCCGCCCGGAGUCUGCAGAGCUUACAUGACAAAGCAUCUGGUCCCCUCCUCCUCCACCCAGUGCAGAUGAGACCUACACAUUUCACUUCCUGGGAUCCCUGCUCCUCUGUUCACCAUGGAGAGAGCAUAAUUCAGCACCUCACCCCACUUGCUCAGAAUCUUAGGAGCUUGGGUUUAGCUGAGAAAUGCCGCCAGCUGUUCACAACCCACGGUGCUGUGGCUGGAUUCACACUCAGUCUCUCAAACAGGGCCUUCACCUGAAGCACAGUACUCUUCUCUCAUGUUGUUGGCACAUUUUAAUUUUAAAAAGUACCUCACAAGAUAAACUGGAUCCAGCCAGUUGCCAUGGCAGAGAAGAACCCUGACUUCCCCUCUGCUCGCUGGUCCCUGGCCUAGGCAGGGGCUUAACUCCAGGAGGACAGUGUCUCCUUUGCCGUUCUGGAAGGACAGCCGCUCAUUUAAAUAAGUCACUGGGUGUCCCCAUGCUUGGUUACAUAGGACCUCACACACAUGCUGGGCUCUAGGUGCACACUUCAAAUGGACCACAGCCAAUAGUAUGGCUCACUUUUGAUGAAAAGAAGAAUCUAGAUCUGGGGUGGAGUUGUGUCAGUCGAUGUGGAAUGUCAGUGAGGUAGUAACAAGUGAUUUCUGCUCACGAGUUUGGGGACAUCACCCAGCUGCCCAUGUCACCCUCUGUGUGAGUGGACACCUGUCCACUUGGGAAGCUGUCCUUUAACCCCUGCCAGUAGUAGGUUCUAGUCACAUGGAAUCUGACACUGAAACCCAUCUGCAGCCCCCCUUAUGCCCUGCUUUGGCGUGCGUCCCAGUGCUGCCGGGUGGACUGGCAUGCACUUGAGUGAUCAGCCUGGAGCCUGUGCAGACGUGGCCGUUGCUGUGACUCACGAUCAUAGUGGUGAUUUUAAGAAGCUUUUCUGUUUCGUUCUCAUUUCUGUUUUUCUGGCACUGAGACCUACCGUGUUGACAUUAUCCUCACGACUGGGACAUUUUGAGUCUUUUGUUAUGUUGGCAGCAGUUUGUCUCUGUUGUUCCUCCUGUGUCCGUGUGCCCUGUGGAACUCCAGAACUCACGUUGGCUGCACUCCUUCAUUUGGUAGGGUCCUUAUGCUCUCAGGGUGGAGGAAAUAUGUAAAGCUACCAGCCAUUGCCAGGAUUUCUUUUACUGAUACCAUAUCAUAGUGAUGUUAGUGGCACUUUAUUCAUAAAUAUUCAUGAGCUUAUCAGUUGUUGGUUGUCCUGUAGUUUCAUCAACCAGUGAGUUUUAGUUUGUUUUUAUAGCUAGUGAGAAGCUUUUGCCCAAUGUAUUAUGUAAGCUUUAAAAGAAUGGAAAAUGACUAAAUCCAAUUUAGAUCAUUUUUAGAGUAUCUUUUCAGCAAAUUUGAUUUAGUCUAAAAUUUAAAUCCAAAAUGCUUCUAAAUACAAUACCUUACAAAAGAGAAAAAAGUAAAAGUUUAAAUUUUUGAUUUUCAUUUUUUAAAAAUAUCUACUAAAACAAAUGGAGAACAGAAUUUCAUAGCAUAUUUAAUUUCUAUAAGUUUCAUGCUUAGAUUACAGCUACAGAUUUUAAGGCUGUUUAAAAUUGUCCCCAGCUUUAGUCUUCUCUAUGUAUUUCAGCUGAGUAUCUGACAUAUUUUUUCUCAUUAUAUAGACUCAGGCGAAUGGAUAGAUGGAGGUGUGGGUGGGGAGCGAGUGGGCAGAUGGAUGGAUGGGUAGGUAGGUAGGUAGACGGAUGAUAGGUGGGUGGAUGGAUGGAUCAGUGGAUGGGUAAGUGGAUGAGUGAAUGGAUGGAUAGGUGGGCGGGUGGAUUGGUGAGUGGGUGGAUGAGUGGGUGGUAGAUAGAGGAAUCAAUUGUAGAUGAUGCAUGAAUGGUUGGAGGUAUGGAUGGGUGGUAGAUGGAUGGAUGCAUGGCUGAGUGGUGGAUGGAAGAUGCCUGAGUCUGCACGUCACUGCACUGCUGAAGGGAAUGAGUGCACAAACCAUGAGCUUCGGUACUUAGAUUUUAUUCACCAAGAUGCAGUUAGAAGAUGGAUGUUUUCAUCCUCGUACAUUUUUAACACAUCAAAAUUGUUAUGAGCACAGGAUGGGAAGGGUUAUGAAAGCUUUGUAAUAUUUUAAGCAGAAAUGUGUGAUACAUUUGAAUCCCUUAAAGACUGCAAAGAGUGUAUCAGCAAGACUAGCAAGGAGUUUUUUUGUUUUAUGCAGGAGAGUAUCUGUUAUCUUGCAGUAUUAUCAAUGCAGUUGUGAAUUGAAUCUAAAGUGGUAUUAAAAAAUGUCGAACAAUUUUUAAUCUGUUUGUAUAUCUUACUAUAGAUCACAAGUAACAUCUAAAUAAAAUUACACGUGUAAGUCUA